CACCUCUAGCUAGAGUUCUAGGGUUAGCGUAAUCAAGCGCCACCUCCUUUCUCUUGUCGGAAACAGAUGGCAGGAACACCUAUCGACCCAUUAAGGAGGGCACAGGGACUUGAGAUUCCACUUCUGACGGAUGAAGCUCGUAGUCGAUUCGCCGGUUGGGCUCAACACAGGACACUACAGCCCCAGUGAUCCUUGAUCAGAGGCCGUUGAUUGCUGCAGGUGUUUGGACAGAUGUUGAGGGAUUUAUUCGCCCGACACGAUGGGAACGCUUGCUGUCAUUACGAGCAGAGGCUAGUUUGCCUCUAACUGUCGAGUUCAUCUGCUCCCUGAGACCGUUCUUGGAGUUUGACCGUCGAGAGGACGUAGGCAUAUCUAUGAGACAUGACAGUCGCCUUGUUUUCACUCUGUUAGGGCUGAGGCAUUCCAUCACUGUGGCUGAGCUUGGGUGGCGACUAGGUCUUUAUACGCAGGAAGAGACUCAGCAUCAUUCGUUCGCUGAUCUUCCCAUCUCUGUUCCUGAUGAUUUUGAUAUUCAGGCAUUCUGGGCAGCUCAUUCACGCACUGAUGCCCCAUUUGAGCACCAAAUUAGCCACUCAUCUGAUUGGACAGAGCCGUCGUGGAGAGCACUUACUUUCGUCAUGUCCAUGAGCUACUUUGGGAGACCUAGCAACAGCAACAGGGUCUAUUCCACAGACAUGCUCUUCUUUUGGAGUUUAGCUAACCGGAGACCUAUCAACUUGGCUGUAUUCGUAGCACGUUUCUUAUGGGCUCAGACCUAUGGCACUCGUUUGACGUUCGUGUGCGGUCCAUUGGUCACUCUGCUACACAAAUCACUGCAGGAACAUCUUCCUAUUCCUGACCUUCUUCCCUUGGAACAAAGUUUCCGACUUUUAGACACUACCAUGCUAACCCACAUUCACUUACAGAGAGGUCAGACAAGAAGGAUUAGACCGAGAGCCGAGACCAUGCCUAGACCUGAGGCGAUGCUGCACCCUACUACGAUACACGAGCAGGGGUCUGAGCCAGAUCAGAGUUCGACGACAGCAGAUAGCCAGACACCUCUUUGGGCUCAGUCGAUGAUGCAUCAAAUGAACAGAAUACAAACACAAAUUCAAGGCAUCCAACUCCAAUUCGGUGAGCAAAUGAACGGACUCCAGACCAAGUUCGCUGAGUUUGAAACUAGGUUCUCUGAAUUUGAAACUAGGUUCACUGAAUUUGAAAACAGAUACGAGGGUGACAUGGUGAGACUCUUCGAAUAGCAGUAGUUCCAACUUGGUAAAAUUUUCAAUAUUGGCGCUUCUGUGAGGACACCAGUUCAAGACACAUACUGGGCAAGCUCAGACACCAAACACAACGGAAGUGGGAUUUUACACACCAAAAACCUGGUACAUUUACUUGCUUUUUCUUAUGGUAUGAUCAGGUUGCUUGGAUGUUCGAUUUUAUUUUGAAUAAUCUUUUUGUGUACAA